CUGCUCAUUACCCAGCCCUGGGACUUCUGCGCGCACGCCGUACAAAACUCAGCCCAGGGCUUCAUCUGCCCCACUCGAGGCAGGAGCGAAGGAACCUGCGAGAGCUGCCGCUACACACGCGCCCGCGGUUUGCGCCAGUCCGCCCGCCCUUUGCCCUCGCGCCGCAAUCACCUCCGGCGCCGAGAAAACCUCCCCCAGCCGCGAUUGGAAAGUGCCAGUAUUGUUACUGGGGGGGUGAGGUGAGGGCGCGAGCUUCUCUCCGUCUGUCUGUCUGCGCAGAGUGUUUUGGAAGCACCCACCUGCCGCUCCCUCGUUUUCUCUCUCCCGCUCUCUUCGGCUGGGGGUCGCGCGCGCCGCUUGGACGACGCGCGACUCCCCCCCUCCCCGCUUCACUCGGAAGAGGACCUAGUGCCUGACGGAGAGUCGUCGUCGUCGUCGACCCCACCCGGCUCGGGAAGGCAAGCGGAAUGGCGGGCUGUCGCCGCGCGCUGCUCCUGUGCCUUUGCCUCAGCUGGACCAUAGUGGUGGCCCCCGGGGAGCCGGGGCGGGAGCGCUCGGGCGGGCUACGCAAGAGAACCGCCGGCGUCCGCGGUGGUAGCAGAAGCCGGGCAGUAUCGGCAGGUGACCAGCACGCCUCGCUGGUCUCCCCCGAGGACAAGGUCUCGGAACACAUGCUCCGGCUCUACGACAGGUACAGCGGCAGCCAGCCGGAGGAUUCGGCGCCUAGCGCUCCCCAGGUGCUUCACCUUCGCGAGGGCAACACGGUGCGGAGCUUCCGAGCGCUGCCAGCAGGGACCCCUGGCAACAAAGAAGUGCACGUUUUUAACCUGACCUCCCUCACAAAGUCUGAAAACAUCUUGUCAGCCCUGUUGCAUUACUAUAUUGGGGAUCUCCAGAACAGUAGCACAAAUUGCCCUCAACUCAAGGGCUGUCCUUCCCAUGGGCACAGGAAAUCCGACAUGCAGAUUAGCCUCUCUCUAUUGAGUUUUCCUUCAUCAGGAAACCCAACUCGGACUCUGGGGCAUUACUCAAUCAACAUCUCCGCUGCUUAUCAGGAUGUCCUUUCUUGGCAGUGGAAGAACAUCACUCACGUCUUGAAUAAGGCAAAGCGAAACAAUGACCUGCUCAUUGGAGUCAAAAUGGCCUCUGUUGGCCGGCACCCCUGGAAGAACAUGCGUCCCAACUAUGAACCAUACAUCCUCGUUUACGCAAACGACUCUGCAAUUUCAGAACCAGAGAGUGUUGUCUCUAGCUUGCAAGGGCACUGGAAUCCACUGCCGGGUAGCUUUCCAAAAUUGGACAGCCAUUUGAAACAUGGCUUGAGUGAACGGCGGCAAAAACGCUCCACCAGCAUCUUGUUGCCUUUACAGAACAAUGAGCUUCCGGGUGCUGAGUAUCAGUACAGUGAGGAUGAAGGAUGGGAGGAGAAAAAGCACUACAAAACGCUGCAGCCCCGACUGGCGGAGAGGGCCAAGAACAAGAAAAAGCAGAGAAAAAACAACCAUCAGAAAAGCCAGACGCUCCAGUUUGAUGAGCAGACCCUUAAAAAGGCAAGGAGGAAGCAGUGGAAUGAGCCAAGAUACUGCGCCCGGCGCUAUCUCAAAGUGGAUUUUGCAGAUAUUGGCUGGAGCGAAUGGAUUAUUUCCCCUAAAUCUUUUGAUGCUUACUAUUGCUCAGGAGAAUGCCAAUUUCCAAUUCCAAAGGCCUUGAAGCCAUCAAACCAUGCUACCAUCCAAAGCAUAGUGAGAGCUGUGGGUGUUGUCUCUGGGAUACCUGAGCCUUGCUGCGUCCCAGACAAGAUGUCAUCUCUCAGUAUCUUAUUCUUUGAUGAAAAUAAGAAUGUGGUACUCAAAGUCUACCCAAAUAUGACAGUGGAAUCUUGUGCCUGCAGAUAACACCUCCCCCCAUCCCAUGGAGCCUUAUCUAAUCACCCCUGCAUUGACUUUGUUGCUUAACAAUUCCCCCCACUCCUCCCCAUUUUGCACUGCCAAUGCAUUUCAUUCUCCAAAGAUUUAUAAACAAAUAUGAAUGAAAAGAAGUGCAGGAGUCAAGAAGGAACACCCCAUACGUUUCCAUAAUGUGGAAGGACCAGAUUAUAACUUUCUUACUGUGAGAAUAUGAUGGAGGAAAUAUGCACCAGUAACAAGUGUUGCAAGCUCUGCAUGAAAAAAAGAAUGAAAUCUACAAAGAACUCAGCAAGAUGAUUUGAAGAUUGGUAGGAAGACCCUUUGGUAUAUUUCUGUACAAAACAGUUCACCCAAACUGCUGAUUUCCCCCCCGACCCAUUCUUCCAGAAACUCAUGGUGAAGGAAUUUUAAGAUACACAUUAUGUGUCUGUUUGAAGCGAAGCUUUCUAUCUUAGGUUACUGGAAAACUCCCCAGAGUGCUAAACAACUAAUCAGUCUGACUUAUCUGAAGAGCCUAAGAAAAUCCAAUUUAAGAUACUUAUUUUCUUGUUGUAGCAUGUCAGUGGUGCUCCAGUGGUUCCACAAGCAAAGGGUUUCUUUCACAGAAUAUUGGGAGCCUUUCAGUUGCAAGCAAAAAUGUUCUUACAUUUGCAUACCUACUAAAGACCAACAGUAAAUUGGGUGUGGGGAACCUUUGGCCCUCCAGAUGUUGCUGAACUACAACUCCCAUUAGCCCCAGCAAGCAUGACCAAUGGCCAGGGAUGAUGGGAGUUGUAGUUCAGCAACAUCUGGAGGUCCAUAGGUUCCCCACACCUGAAAAUCUUACCCAUUGCCCUAGUGCAAAUCCCUGCAGGAAAAUGAUGAAGGGAGAUGUCAAAGAAGAAGGUAUGGGACUGCCAAGAGGAUAUUGUGGCCAACCCCUUAGGCAAUGAUAGCUCCUUGUGCUGGCAGUAAAUCCUAUCAGGUCUGGUUUAAACAUGAUUGUGUAUGUGCAUAUAUUUUUUAAUUUACUUAUUUGGGGCUCCAUGUGCUCAAUGACAUGUAGAAACCUGGUCACUAAUACUUAUCCAUGCAGUGUCAGCCUGGUAGAAUCGUGUGUUCCUGAGCAAGGAAUACUUGACAGGCUGCAAGCUGGUUGAUGUGCAAACGUAAGAAGAUCCCUGUUGGAUCAGGCCAAGUGGCUAACCAGAUGCCUAUGGGAAGCUUGCAAGCAGGACCUAAGUGCAACAGUGCUUUCCCUACCUGUAAUUCCCAGUAACUGGUAUUUAAAGAAAUACGUCAAAUGAAAUACCAAGUGUGUAGAACCCUGCCAGGUAAUUCCCACCCCCUAACAUGUGCUAUUACAUUUAAGGCAGCCCCCUCACUGAUGAGGGGUCGAGUGCAGUCCCACCAAAAUAUAACAUAAAUGUAAGCAGAGCUUGAGCUGACAACGCCUAAGAAUCAAGCUGAUAUAAAAUCAUAUCAUAGGAUGAAUUUUACAUUCCAGUUACGGUAAAAACCCAUUUCCUUACGUGGACCACGAGAAGUUGAGAACGUGGGGUGGGGGAAGGUUGUAUUUCAUAUAGAAUAUUUACUCUUGCCUGCAACAAAUUCCAUUAUCUUGCACUACUGAGUUCUGUUCUCUAUUCCCUGAUCACUUGUUAGCAGUAACUUCCUCACACAAUUCUUGAUCAAGCUGCCCCUUCACUGGUGCCCUGAAUGAACCAUAAAAUGGAUACAGAGCUCAAUGAAUUUAACUUCCAUGGCCUUAGAGCAAUACCAUGUCCUUAGAUGGCAUGAAGAUACACAGUGUGCAGCACAAGGCAACUUAACUGCAUAUCCAGGAGCUGAUCUUUACUUGGUGAAGCCAAGGACUAAACAGACAUCUAGUCAUAAGUGCAUGACCUUCUUUUCCAAAUUAGUCUUGCCUACAGUCAGAUAUCAUGGUUAGGCAGUUGGAUCAGCAGACUACAUUGCAGUUUGGUCUCACACUGGAUGGGUUCUUUGCAAAUGAAAAAGGAUGUGACCUACAUUAGUCAGAGGGAGUUGGUGGUGCUGAAUCCGUUGCGCCCUUGCGUGUUGCAGAGCGUUGAAAAUGUGUAUGUUGUGACCACACGACCUGGAAAUGCCAGUGUUUGGGGUGGACUUUGACUUGUAAAUGCUACUCAUCUCACAGAAGAUACAAGUGCCUUCCAGUCUCUGCCAAUAAAGCACUGUGCUACUUUCUUGUAUUCAAGUGAAACUCUAGUGCUUGGAAUGGAGCCGAAAGCUUUCAUUUCUAGCUCAGUAGAGUUGUGGUGCAGCUUCAAAGGGCUUGCUCCUCUCUUACUGAGGAACUGAUACAUUCAUUAUUAAGCUAUUUCCUUCUUCAUGUUAAAAAAAUAAGACUUUGUACAUUUUUAUUUUUUUGCUUAGGAAUUAAUGCUUGUACAGUGUCAGUAAAGUUAAAAGAAAAAACCCAAAGGAUAUUUGUAUAUAGAAAGAAGCUUCUAUUAAUGCCUUUAAUUUAUUUUAUGUCUGUUGCCUUCCUGUGUGUUAAUUAAUUUUCACUUUUUAGUAUUCUUGAAAACACCGGUUUUUACAUUAAUUUUACAAAAUUGUAUAUCUAUAAUUAGAGGAUCUGCAUGCCUUCAAAACCAAAUGUACGCGAUGGAGACACACUGAGAAGGGCACUUUUCACUACUGAUGUAUAAGCUUGCCUGAUUUCUAUUUGUUUCCUUCAGUAAUAGGAAUUUUUCACUGCAAACUACUAUGUACAAGUUUAAACAAUUUUUUUUAAUGUAAAGCUUCAUUUUCUCUCUCGAUUUCUAACAGCUACAAAGAAUUUUCAUUUUGAAAUGGGAUAAACAACCUCUUAUUGUUUUGAAAAGGAUCAAAAACAGUUUUUCAACAAAUGGGUUAGGAAGCAAGUGAAAGAGCCCAGGUUCAGUUCCUGGCAUCUCCAGAUAGCUCUGGUAAUGUUUCCUCUCUGAAACCUUGGAGAGCCCCUGCUUGUCUCUGUAGAGAAUGCAGAGCAAUGGUGUGACUUGGUAUAAGGUAAUUUUGCAUGUUCCGACACCCCAUACAGACUUCUUGCAGUUUCAGGUAGACAACAGAAGUCCCUAGAAGAUCACAAAGCAUGGUGGAUGGAUUGCACAUACCUUAAUGAGCCAAAGAUUGGGCAGGACUGCAGUCAAAACAGAAGGGCUGAGACUGGUAUUGAUGAGUUAAAACAAAUGUUAGGAUUUUCUGGGUCAGUUAAGCAGUUAUUGGGCAAAUUCCAAUGGAAAUUAUUACUAGUUUGUGACUCACCAGAAAGGAUUAGUUUAUGAGAAGUGGAUUCUUCUCAAUGGAUUCUUUGCACUCCAUAUCACCAUCAAAGGGAAUGAUGAGAUGAUAGGAAGAAUGCAACUUUUUCAGGAAAAAGCUUUUGGGGGGGAAAAUCCCCAUGUGGUGAAGGAAGGGGCAAGAGAAGUCUUUUAUCUAAGAUUUCCAAAGAUCAAAGUUCUCUUUUAUUUUACAUUCUUCAACACACAUUGCAGGUUUUCCCCAAAAUAUGAGGUAAGACCUGAGUAAAACUUCAAAGGCCAAAAAAUAAAAUAUAAGGCACUAUGUUGAAAACAGGCAAUUCAGGUGAAAAGGGGAGAUAAUAUUUAUGUGCAUGCAUUCCUUUAUCCUGUAGUAAAAUGCAUGUUGCUUGCUCUCUGGGAUGCUCAAAGGUGAACAUUAAAAAACAUGGAAGAUCAAACAUGUAGCUUGAAUCCAGAGUGCGACAACAAUACUAGACCUGCACUCCUGGAUCAGACUGAAAGACCAUCAAGUCCAGUAUUGUUUGUCCAAGUGGCCAACCAGAUGUUUCUGGCCAGUUUCAGGUCUGAGGUGCAUCUGGUACCUCCCUGGCAUCACUAAACGGCAGCAAUGGUGGGCAGACACUGGGCCUGGAAGUAGUCAUCUUCAUGUUAAAUUUUCCACAAAUUCCUCGAGCUUGUCCACCUCAUACAGCAUGAUGAAGAGAUCUAAGAAUAUAAGGCAAACCAAAGGCCCAUCUAGUCCAGCAUCCAAUUUUUACAGCCAACCAGAUGCCUGUGGGAAGCCAAGAAGCAGGAAAUGAGUGCAACAGCCCUCUCCCCAGUUAUGAUCAACAGCAACUGGUAUUCAGAGUAAGGAUGGGAAAUUCGAUCCAGUUCACAUUUAAAGAUGAAUCAACUUAAUUUGCAUAGUCCAAAACAAUACGUGAACUGAAACGGCAAUCCUUCAAAAUUCACACUUCUCUGAAUUUUGCCAUGAAGUUCUCUGGCUGAGGAAUGUGUACCAAAAUGCAUAUACUGGAGUAAAGCAUGCAUAAAAAUGUCUAUAUUAGUGAAAAUAACAUAACAGAAUGCAUUAUAUUAGGGAAAAUAUAAAUAUUAGGGGAAAUGUUUAUGUUAGGCAAAAUAGCAUACAAAGAUGUGCAUACUGGGAGAAAUUGGUACUAAAAAGCAAAUUAAUUUUCAUGAGGACUUAAAAAAAAUCAGCGCACUGAUGUAGAAAUGUGGAAAGUGAUCUUAAAAUUGGAAAAAGGAGAAACUGAACUUGACAGAUCUGUCCAUCCCUAGUUCAGAGACAUGGUGCUUCCAAUACUGGAGGUAGUGUACAUCCAUCUUCACUAGUACACAUCUGAAUCAUGCAGAUCUUUUUAAGGUGCUGGCUCUAAUGGUUGUCAAUUAGAACAUUUUGUUCUGGGCAUCAAAGUGUCUUGGACCAACACUGAGAGAAUGUUGUUUUGGGGGCAUUGUUGGAAUUUCAAAUGAUGGCAGCUGCCAGACCCAAGUAUCCAGUGCUCACUGGGGUGCCAGAAAAAAAACUUUAAAUGGGGUUAGGGGCACGAUAGGCACCAGUGAUGGACCCUGCCUGGCUGAGUCCUACAGCUGCCCAAGGAUGCCAUCUGAUGGCAUGGGGCCUAUUAUAAUGUACCCUUUGGGAUAUUAUUUGUGACGAGUGGUACAACUUUCCACACUCACAUUUUCAACCCAUGCCGGCACCUUUUUGUAACAAAAUGUUCAAGGUUCUAGUUUUGGUGUACAAAGCCCUAUGCAGCUUUGGACCAGGGUACCUGAGAUAUAGUCUUACCCCUUAUAUACUCCGUUGAUCAUUGUGCUCUGAGGUGAGGGUCUCCUGCAAAUACCAUCUUAUCAGGAGGUCCGUUCUGCGCAACAUAGGAAACGGAUCUUUACUGUGGCAGCACCUACCCUGUGGAAUUCCCUCCCCUUAAAUAUUAGGCAGGUGCCAUCUCUGUCACCUUUUCAGAGCCUAUUGAAGACCUUCCUCUUUCAACAAGCCUUUUAAAUAGAGGCCUUAUGCUAGUCUGUGUCUAGACUGGAAUUGCUUUUAAAGAUGUUUUUAAAGUUUUUUUAAAAAAUGUUUCAUUUUCAUAUGUUUUAAAGUCUUUUAUUGUUAAGAUGUUUUAAAGUGCUUUCAGUGUUUUUGUUUGCCGCCUUGUGCUCCUUCUGGGAGGAAGGGUGGGAAUUAAAUUUAAUAAAUAAAUA